AUGGUCCUGACACACACGACCGGACACACUUAUUCUCAUCCGUUUCCAACCGUCACUCUGGCUUAUUUUCUCCGCUACUCGUCGCCUCAGCUCAACCCAUUCGCCACCCAUGUCCUGAGCACCGACACAAUCUCCAGCCACGUCGAUCCCGUCACGCAGCAACUGCACACGACCCGAAUCCAUCUCAAGAAGAGCCGCAUGCCCAAUGCCAUCUACAAGCUGCUCCCUGCCGGCGUGACCGGCGGCGGGUCCUCGGGGGAAAAGGCGUCAUACAUACUCGAGACGACCGUCGUCGACAUCAAGGAGGGAUGGAUGAAGACGGAGAGCCGCAACCUCAACUUCACCGGCGUGCUGUCCGUCAUUGAGAAGCAGCACUUUAGCCUCCCUUCCGAGGCCGAGCGAGGCCUGGCUGCCAGAAACGAGACCGAUGUCGUCACCUCGGUCGUCUUCCGGUCCCGGCUAGGCGAGAAACUGCGCGGUAAGCUCGGCCAGGCCCAAGAAGACGGCUGGCUGUCUGGCUUCAUCGGCGGCUGGGGUGCAAAGGGCAUCCAGCGCAGCAUCGAGAGCCUCGCCUCCACCAAAACCCUGGACCAGCUCGGCAAGAGCCGCGACGGCAUGCGGCUCGUCCUGGAGCGGAUCCGCAACAAUGGGGCGAUUGGCGUUUUGGAGAGCCUGCGUCGGGAGCGCCAGAGGCAGACGGCCUGA